GAGAACAUGGGGUGCACAAAUAAUGGACGGAUUGGAUGUCAUGAACACAUCAUGGUGGGCUCCACACCUUCGUACUGGUGGAUGGUCUGGUCGUCCCCUCUUUUUAUGAAAAAGAAAAAUGCAAUGCAUUUAUUUGCAUUGGCGGUAACGUUUGGUGGGAGAACAGGAGAAAAACCUGUAUUGACGAACACGCCCUUUGUAAACAUGCGCCUCUCCCUUCCUUUUUGUGAAGAACGUGUGUACUCUCCGCCCUAGCAGCAAGUAGAGGCGACGGAGAGCGAGAACCGAAAGCAGCUGAUAAAGAAGGGGGCAGAGCACAUUUCUUUUAAGGCAUUUCGUCAAACACCUCUCUUGCAACUCUAUUUUCCCUCUCCCUUCUCCGAUCUUUCAGAACAUCAGGUCAGUUUCCUUCUCCUUCUUCUUCCUCCGAGAGAUUCCAACGUAUCUGUAAUACCUUGAUCUUUCAAUCAAAGAGAAAUUCUCCUCUAGUCAUGCGUUUCUCUCAAACGAUGCCCUUCUCUCGCAAUCGAUUGAAUAUGUCGCCGCAGCAAUCCCGAAUGCCCGAAGCCCACCCCAAUCGACUACGAACUAGAAAGAAGCAUAAGAGACUCGAUGCCAUCCGUGACCAUGUCAUUGAACCUAUCAAACCUGAUGUGGGAGCGGCAGGGCCCAGCAGCUCUGACUCAGGCCUUCUCCGCCGUAGCUCUCGCCUCAGAAGAGUCACCCGUGUUGUUUCUGACCCCUCUCCUUCGCCCGUGAAGAAACAACAGAAAGUCAAUAAAACCGUGCCUGCAGCCACCACUGAUGUGAAAAAGAAGAAUGAGGGCUCUGUUGAUAGAAAAGCUGGAAAACGGAAACGGGAAAGCCCUUCAGAGAAGAUUUUUGAAUCUCCUGUUUCCGGAGGUUUGGAGGAAACAGGGAAUUGGAGUUCGAGGCUCAGAUCUAGGGCUAGGAAUGUCCGUAUCCCAAUGAAGGAAAAGGGCUCUCCCGCCAAAAGAAAGCUUUUCCAAGACUUGGAUGGAUUUAGAGAAGAAGAUACAAAAUCGGAUGGUGGGGUUGGAGGCUCAGUUUCUCUGGGGACAAAGUUUAGGAGGAUGGAUCAGGGCAAGAAAUCUAAGGGUGCAAAGAGUGGAGAUCAAAUUACUGGGUUGUCUGAUACUGGGGGAGACAGCAGUGACUGUCCACUGAAAGAGUGGUUGUCGCCCACAAAAGAUGAAGCCCCGCCGCCCUCAAAUAACGUGAUCGAUGGUGGAAGUAAGAGAGCAGCGGAUGAUAGUUCCUUGAAAAGAAUCGAUGGAGAGGAUAACAAAACUGCAUGUGAUUUACUGGCCACAGGGCAAGGCAAUGAUCAGCUGAAGCUACCCGGCUGUGAACUGGCCAAUGAAAAAAUGGAUGCCAAUGAAGGUAAUUCCAACCAUUUGAAUACGUUGGAGAAUGAUGGUUGUCACGACGAUGUGGACGCCCACCAUGAUCACCUUGGCAGCAAGCCUUUGGAAGACAACGUUGUCAGAAAGGUGGAUGAGUCGAAUCCCGUUUCAGAAGGUAAUAAGUUUGAACGGCCACGUGUGAGAGAAGGACGGAGAUGUGGGUUGUGUGGAGGUGGGAUGGACGGCAAACCGCCAAAGAGGCUUGUUCGGGAUUUCAUUGAGAGUGAUAAUGAGGUUUAUGGAGGGUCGUCGGCUUCAGAGGAGCCUAACUAUGACGUGUGGGAUGGUUUUGGCGAUGAAUCCAGUUGGCUUGGACGUCUCUUGGGUCCUACACAUGACCGUUUUGGUAUUGCUGGUGUUUGGGUUCAUCAACAUUGUGCUGUGUGGAGUCCAGAGGUUUAUUUUGCUGGUUUGGGUUGCCUGAAAAAUGUUAGAGCAGCACUUUGCAGGGGAAGGGCAUUGAAAUGUAGCCGCUGUGGGAGGCCUGGAGCAACUAUUGGGUGUCGUGUUGAUCGAUGCCCUAAGACUUACCACUUGGUCCCUUGUGCGCGAGCUGAGGGUUGCAUUUUUGAUCAUCGUAAAUUUCUCAUAGCUUGUACAGACCAUCGGCAUCUUUUCCAACCCCAAGGGAAUGACUAUUUGCGGCGGAUUAAAAAACUAAAGGCUAGGAAGAUGAAGUUUGAUAUGAGGAAGCUGUCUACCGAUGCUUGGCGGAAGGAUGUUGAGGCAGAAGAAAAGUGGUUGGAAAAUUGUGGUGAGGAUGAGGAGUUCUUGAGACGUGAAGGCAAGAGGCUUCAUCGAGAUAUCUCAAGAAUUGCACCUGUGUACAUUGGAGGUUCAUCUUCUGACAGCGAAAAAUCAUAUCAGGGUUGGGAAUCAGUGGCUGGGCUGAAGGAUGUCAUCCAGUGCAUGAAGGAGGUGGUCAUAUUACCCCUUCUAUACCCUGAGUUCUUUAGUAAUCUUGGGCUAACUCCUCCUAGAGGGGUUCUGUUGCAUGGUUAUCCUGGGACAGGUAAGACUCUAGUAGUGCGGGCAUUAAUCGGUGCAUGCUCUCGUGGUGAUAAGCGGAUAGCAUACUUUGCUCGUAAAGGUGCAGACUGUUUAGGAAAAUAUGUCGGUGAUGCUGAGCGCCAGUUAAGAUUGCUGUUUCAGGUUGCUGAGAGAUCUCAACCAUCUAUAAUAUUUUUUGAUGAGAUUGAUGGUUUAGCACCAUGCCGCUCUAGGCAGCAAGACCAAACUCAUAGUUCGGUUGUGUCAACUUUACUUGCCCUGCUGGAUGGUCUAAAAUCUCGAGGUUCAGUUAUUGUAAUUGGUGCAACAAAUCGACCUGAGGCUAUUGAUCCUGCUUUGAGGCGACCCGGGAGAUUUGAUAGGGAGAUUUACUUUCCUCUGCCAUCAGUUAAUGAUCGAUCUGCUAUUCUCUCACUCCAUACGCAAAGGUGGCCAAAACCCAUCUCUGGAUCCUUGCUCAAGUGGAUUGCUGAACAAACUGGUGGUUUUGCUGGUGCCGAUCUGCAGGCUCUUUGCACUCAAGCAGCAAUGAUUGCUUUGAAGAGGAACUGUGCCCUGCAAGAACUACUGUCUGCUGCUGAGAAGUAUCCAAAUCAUGGAAAACGUGUUUCUCUUCCAUCUUUUGUGGUGGAGGAAAGGGAUUGGUUGGCUGCUCUUGCAUGUGUUCCUCCUCCAUGCUCUCGCAGAGAAGCAGGAAUGGCUGCAAAUGAUGUAGUUUCUUCACCUCUUCAAGCCCAUCUUGUUCCAUGUCUUCUGCAACCAAUAUCACACUUGCUUAUUUCCCUGUACCUGGAUGAACGCAUCCAAUUGCCCCCUUCUCUUUAUAAAGCUGCAAAGCUAACCAACAGUGUGGUUAUUUCUGCCUUGGAACAGAAGAAAAUCCCUGUUGUUUCAUGGUCGACCCAUCUUCAUUGUUUGAUACAGGAACCAGAUGUUUCAAGGGAGCUAGAGAGAAAUCUGUCUCGUGCUGGCCUAUUAAGCAGUACUUCUUCUUUUUCUAAUUCUGAUCUAUUAGAUGAUGAUUGUGGUGGUCAUGAGAAGUUUGAAUUUGGAAGAUUGAAUCCUGCUGGUGCUCAUGGACGCAGCAGUUUGAUACAGAACUUGUCCCAUUCACAGGGCAAUGCGUCAGGAUUUCGAUUAUUGAUUACUGGAAGUCCCAGAUCCGGCCAGCAGCAUCUUGCUGCUUGUCUUCUCCAUGGUUUUGCAGGCCAUGUUGAACUCCAGAAAGUUAAUUUGGCUACUAUUUCCCAAGAAGGACGUGGAGACCUAGUUCAAGGGAUAACACGCAUUCUAUUGAAAUGUCUGAGUGCGGGACGGUGCAUGAUUUACAUGCCUAGGAUUGAUUUAUGGGCUAUGGAUCAUAUAUGGCAUCAUGCUACUGACAAGGAGUGUGACAUCUGUCAAAAGACCUGCAAAUCCACCGUGACACCUGGGUUUUGUGAUGUUAAUGGGAAGGCUUCACAGGCAUGGAAUUCAUUUAUGGAGCAGGUGGAUUCCCUGUGUACGUCUGCAUCCUUGAUGAUUUUGGCUACUUGUGAUAUGCCAAAGCAUGUUGUCCCUCUUAGAAUAAGGAAAUUUUUUACGACUGAUGUAUUAAACUACACCAAUUCAACUCCUUCAGAACAAACAAUCCCACGAUAUUUACUGCAGGUUGAUGGGAAAUUCAAUCGUGACAUGGUCCUUGAUUCAUCUGCAGCGAAAUUAUCACGGGAUUUAGUUCAGCUGUAUGUCCAAUUGAUUCAUCAAAGAGGUCACAUGGGUAAUUCAUGCAAGGAAUUUAAAACGUGUGAAUCCAUGAAAUCCAAUUCGAAAGUUGAAAAUCAUAUGAAAGAGAAUGGAGCUAAUAGUGAAGUAAAGGAGACAUCUAUGGAUUCAGAAAGGGUAACUGUUCAGGAAAGUGUUUCUUGUAAUGGUAAUCAAAUUCCUAUGGUGUCUAAAACAAAUCUGCCAGAAGAUGCGGUUUGGCCAGAGUCUUGCAAAAAUUCUGUUUCAAGAAUACCUCCUAAUAGAAAUGUAAAAGGGAAAUCUAAUCUGCUGUUUGCAAUAGCCACUUUUGGCUAUCAGAUUCUGCGAUACCCUCAUUUUGCCGAACUUUGUUGGGCAACGUCAAAAUUGAAAGAGGGUCCCUGUACUAGCAUUAAUGGACGUUGGAAGGGUUGGCCAUUUAAUUCUUGCGUGGUACGUCCCACCAACUCAGUCGAAAAGGAAGCAGUAGGAUGUUCUAGCAAUCUCAAAAGCAGAGAACAUUCUGGUGCAGUAAGAGGCCUUGUAGCUGUGGGCUUGUUAGCAUACAAAGGUGUUUAUACAUCAGUCAGAGAAGUUUCUUCUGAAGUUCGAAAGGUUUUAGAGCUCUUAGUUGGGCAAAUUAAUAUGAAAAUUCAGGGUGGGAAAGAUAGGUAUCGGUUCCUUCGUCUUCUGUCACAAGUGGCUUAUAUGGAAGACAUGGUCGACAGCUGGGCAUAUGGAUUACGGAGUUUUGAGACAGAGAGUCAGAUUUCAGCAUCACAUGCUAGACCAGCGAUUGCAGGAAGACUGGAUACUGAUGAUAAUAAUGCAUGCAGUAGCAACCUUGUUAAGAAGGAUGCAUGUGUGCCUAGCGUCUCUAACCAAACUCAGCAGGAGGUUGAAAUGCUUGGGCAGGAAAAAUGUCCCAUGAGACAUUCUAACAAGGAUAGUGAAUUUGGUGAUCCCAACAAAGGAGACACUCAUCUUGAUUUGCCUAAAUCUGAUGUGAGCCUCGUGAUUGCAGGACCCUCUCAGGAGGUCUCCUUAGGUCCUUCUUCCCCUCGUCUGCUUCAAAAAUCUGCUCUGGUUGCGGGUUCAGUUGCCAGUAAUAACACUUCAAAAGAAAUGCACAAAACUAAUAAUUUGGAACCUUGCAGAUCAGAAGAUCAAGUACCAUGUACAGCGGUACACAGAGGGUUUGUGUCCUUGAAACAGUCUAAUGGUUUGGCAGUUGCUCUCCCUCCUAUGGAUGGCAUUUCCAAUGCAGAUGAAUCAGCUGUUAUUAUUGACCCUAAAUGCAGAAAAGGCGGUGACCAGUGCAAUGGUUUAUCGGCAACCGAAGCUGUUCUCCCUUCUAUCAAUGGUGAUUGCAGUCAUGCUGAAGCAGUGCGAGCUAUCAACUCUGACGUCAGAGAAGACAGCAGUCUUUCAGCCAUCCCUGGGUUGUCAUGUCUCUAUGAGUGUUGUGCUGAAUGCUUACGUACUAUUGAGGUUUUGAUUCGGGAAAUUCUUAUUGAUAGCUGGGAAUCCAAUAGCUGCUGCUCAUCUGUAGGGGAUGUCCACGAUGUUGUCAUAGCAUGUUCUGUGAAGCUUUUGGUAGCAGUUCGAAAUUUUUUUGUUGCCGAAAGCAGCACUGAUGAAGAAGAUUUAUGUUGUAGGAAACUAAAACAUGGAACUCAAGACAAACACUGUGCUUGUCAGUAUGUGAGUAAUAUCCACCCUGAGAAGUUACCAUGUUGGUCCAAGAGUCUGGGAAACAGAGAUGCCAUUCCAAUGGAAUGUGUUUGCCAUUUGAAAAACAAGGAAGUUACAGCAGCAACAAAUUCUUCUCAGGAUUCUCUUUUUGGGCCAGGAUUAAAAUUAUUCUUCAGAGACUGUGCAUUGGUGCCUUCAGAUCUUUACAAUGAUGUGAUAUUUCAUUGCAAAUUUGAGAAUUUGUGCAUUUGUCAUAUUAUCGAGAGGAUAUUAAUGAUCAAGCAGCCUGUGGAUUGAUGUGGGGAAGUCAGUUCGAUUUUGGCCAAGUCAAGUUGGAGAAGUUAUGGCAUUUCCUGGUGUCACGGAAAAGUGAAACAUGGACUUCCAUUGAGGGAUGCAUACUGUAAAAGUUUAGUUUGCAAUUCAACUAAAUCCAUUUCUUGUUGUCCAAUGUGGUGUUGUUUCACUUUUGUGCUUAACAGUCUGCCCAGUUUUGAAACUUCUGGGGUGGGAGAUAAUUUUAUACCAUGUAAGUAUUCAUCUGAGGUUUUCAAUGAUUUUUUGGAACUACAUUCAUUUCUCUA